AUGCCCAGGGUCUUUCUGCAGGUGGAGCUGAAGAGCCAGGAGGCUCAGAGUCUGCAGCAGCAGCAGGACCAGUACCUGGGUCAUCUGCAGCAGUAUGUGGUCACCUAUCAGCAGCUGAUCUCUGAGGAGGAGGAGCUGCACAACCAGUUACUGCUGCAGACCCAGCUCGUGGACCGGCUGCAGCAGCAGAAAGCUCAAAGCAAAGCUGUGGCCAAGAUGGGCUGCCAAGAGUUGCGGGAGACCCAGGAGCUCCUGGAAGCUAUCAGCCAGCAGAACCAGCAGCCUCAGGCCCAGUUGAGCCUCAUGGCUCUCCCUGGGGAAGGAGAUGGACUGGACAGUGAGGAGGAGGAGGAGGUGCCUCAGCCCAUGCCAAGCAUCCCGGAGGAUCUAGAGAGCCAGAAGGCCAUGGUGGCAUUUUUCAACUCAGCUGUAGCUAGUGCCAAGGAGGAGCAGGCACGGCUAUGUGGGCAGCUGAAGGUGCACUGCCAGCACCUGGCUCAUCUGCUGGCCUUGGCCCAGAAGGAACCUGAGGCAGCAGCCCCAGCCCCAAGAACUGGGGGUGAUUCCAUGUGUGGGGAGACCCACCAGGCCCUGCAGGGGGCCAUGGAGAAGCUGCAGAGCCGCUUUAUGGAGCUCAUGCAGGAGAAGGUGGACUUGAAGGAGAGGGUGGAGGAACUGGAACAUUGCUGCAUCUAGCUGUCUGGACAGAGACAGACACCAUCGGGGAGUGGGAAGCCAGGGCACGGCAAAGAGAGCUGCACAUUGGUCAGAGGGGCCCCAGCGUCUGAGUCCUGUCCUCCUGCAGGAGAGUACAUUGCACUGUACCAGAGCCAGAGGGCAGUGCGGAAGGAGGAGCACCAGGAGGAGGAGGAGUGCAUCAGCAGGCUGGCCCAGGACAAGGGAGAGGUGAAGGUGAAGCUGCUGGAGCUGGCGUUGUGGCUUGUGGACGACUGCAACAAGUGGCAUGGCAGAUUCCUGGCAGCUGCCCAGAACCCUGCUGAUGAGCCCACUCCAGGGGCCCCCGCCCCCCGGAACUGCCAUGGCACCUAUGGGGGACCAUGGGGCCUGGACGGCCAACAGGCUCGGAAGCCUGAUCUAGCAGUGAUUGCCAGCUGCCCCACAGGCUUCCUCCAAUCUGAGUUCAUGGCCCUGCCCCCUAGUGGCCAGAGCCGGCUUCACAGGAUGAGAGCCUGCUAA